UGCUUUUCGGUCGAGUCUGCCAUGUUUUGUCCUAUUUGUCGCGCUUGAACAACGCGUUUAUUGUUUUAAGCUGUUAUUUUCUGAAUGUGUUACGGCAUGUGUUUUGUAUACAGAUUGUUCAGAAGAUAGUGCUUUGAUUGUAGUAGUGAAAUUAUAACUUGAUUAGUAAUUUCUGAUACUUGUGAGUGCGAGGGUGUAAUUUGUGUUUCACCGAAAUUUAGAAUCGUCUGCAAGCUCGCUGCGAUUUCUAUAAAGCGAGAUUCUAUUACAAUUUAUGGAAAAAUCGAUGAAAAGUUAUAGUUUAGUUAAGAAAUUGGUCGAUUCUAUGGCGCAACCCACGUGCACAUAAUAUAUCGAGUAUCUCAUGCACAUUGUUAUUAUUUUGUUGUGAGCCCGAGCCCGUCACGGUUGCAGACCAAGGAUCGGACCGUUGAAGGGAAAUCGCGUAGUCCGUCUUGCUCCCUCGCGUCGCGUGCUAGCAUUCAUUCAUUGUGGUAUCGGAUUAUUAGACGGUGAUUUCUCGCUGUGCAGUAUUUGUGCAGCGCGAGGAUAAAGCCGUGGUCGGUGCAGCGACAGCGGGCGCUCGGCACGAGCCCACGUGACGCGUGUUUGGGUGUUAGUCGGGACGGAUUGCGGGCGGCCGCAGUGGCCGCGCAGCGCCGGAGGUGAAUCACCGCUGUAGUUGUCUUGUGGAUCUGUUUACGCGAGUGCAUCUAGUGCGGAAGUGAGGCAUGUGCGGCGCGCGACGUCGCCGAUGACGACCGCGGUGCUUUAAGCUGUGAGCUGUGAUAGUUAUGUCGUUCGGGUUAUGAGUGUGUGACAAAGUUGUAGUGUAAGGACACUGGAGCCCCUAGCCGGAGUUGGGCCCGCCGGGGCGGCCCUAGUGCUUCUCGGGGCUCCGCACGAAGGCAAAAUGGCUGCGUGGAACCGCCACCACCAUUUUAACAUGCUGAUGGACGAGAACGCCAAGAAAUUAGGCGUUGUCGGCGGCGGCAUGCCCGAGGCGGGCGAGAGGCGGCACGGGCCGCUGUACGGCCGGCUGGUGGCAGAGGAGCAGCUCGCCUCCAUGAGCGCGCCUUCGGACAUUCAGGUGAGCGCCACCGCGCGCCCCAGGGCUUUCUGCCGCUACCGUAUCCCCGCCCAGGCUAUGCAAGCACGAAUACCACACCACUUUCGGGACCCCUCAACAGCACCAUUACGGAAGCUAAGCGUGGAUCUCAUCAAAACAUAUAAACACAUAAACGAGGUAUACUACGCGAAAAAGAAGCGGAGAGCGCAACAGUACCUGGGCGAGGACGGCUCGCACAAGAAGGAGCGGAAGUUGUACAACGACGGGUACGACGAUGACAACCACGACUACAUCAUAAAACAGGGCGAGAAGUUCCUCGACCGGUAUGAGAUCUCCUCACCCAUAGGGAAGGGAUCUUUUGGACAGGUUGUGAAAGCGUAUGAUCACGAGGAGCAGUGUCAAGUAGCGAUUAAAAUAAUUAAGAAUAAGAAACCCUUCCUAAAUCAGGCACAAAUAGAAGUCAAGUUACUAGAAAUGAUGAACAGAGCAGAUGCUGAAAAUAAGUAUUAUAUAGUAAAACUGAAACGUCACUUCAUGUGGCGGAACCACCUGUGCCUAGUAUUCGAGCUACUCUCGUACAACCUCUACGACCUGCUGCGGAAUACCAACUUUCGCGGCGUCUCGCUCAACCUCACGCGGAAAUUCGCGCAACAGCUGUGCACAGCGCUACUCUUCCUUAGUCAACCUGAACUAAACAUAAUUCACUGUGAUCUUAAGCCCGAAAAUAUACUAUUAUGCAACCCUAAAAGGUCAGCCAUUAAGAUAGUAGACUUCGGAAGUUCGUGUCAACUAGGCCAAAGGAUAUACCAAUACAUCCAGUCAAGGUUCUACCGAUCACCGGAGGUCCUACUGGGCAUACCUUACGACCUUGCGAUAGACAUGUGGUCGCUGGGUUGCAUACUGGUGGAGAUGCAUACGGGCGAACCAUUGUUCAGCGGAGCCAACGAGAUUGACCAGAUGAACAAGAUCGUUGAGGUGCUAGGCAUGCCGCCGGAUCACUUAUUAGAUCAGGCUCAUAAAACCAGAAAAUUCUUCGACAAACUACCAGCGUCAGAAGGUGGCGGUUAUGUUUUGAAGAAAGUCAACGGGAAAGAUGGGAGUGGUUUCAGGAAGUACCGCGCGGCGGGCACGCGGCGGCUGCACGACAUCCUCGGCGUCGAGGGCGGCGGGCCCGCGGCGAGGCGGCGCGGCGAGCCCGGACACUCCGUCUCAGACUAUCUUAAGUUUAAGGACCUAAUUCUCCGUAUGCUAGAGUACGACCCCAAGCAGCGAGUGACGCCGUACUACGCGCUGCAACACAACUUCUUCAAGCGCACCGCGGACGAGGCCACCAACACGCAGCAGGCGCAGCACCACCAGCACGUGGGAGUGGGAGUGGGCGUGGGCGGCGCCCUGGUGUGGGGCGGCCCCGGCGUGCUGCCGGCCGAGCGCAUGGACGUGGAGCGCGCGCCCGACGACCUGCACGUGCCGUGCCGCAGCCCCGUCGCCAUACACUAGCCACCCGCCACCCGCCGCCCGCCACCCGCACUGCAGCACCCCGGACGAUACCGUGACGUGCGCUGGACCGCUGUCGGCAGUGCCGAGCCCGUGCCCGUGCCCGUGCCGAGUCGCGAGUGACGUGUGAACCGUGCGAACACUCAAGUGUGCUCUGUGCCCUGUGACGUGAGCGGCGCGGUCGACCCGAGGCCGAGGGACCGAAUUCAUAUUUAUAACUCUAUAUUUUUAUUUAAUGCGAUAAGUCUGACUGUAAAGAAAUAUAAUUGUGACUUGUUACUUUGUAACAUGUAUUAUUUGUAACCGCUUCUCUCGACAGUACUUAGAGAACGUCCGGGGGCUCGCCCCCCGUCGCCCGAUCGUGAUGCAUCGACGGCAUGAAAGCUAGGUUUUUUUAUUGUUACGCAAUGCAUAUCAAGGACGCAAUAUGGUAGAAAAUAAAUAUUGUAUAUAAAAUUUAGGAAACCGACUAAUGGAUUACAGACUGCGACUUAAACUGGUUAAUCUAUAGUUUAGUUACGAUCUAUGCUAGUUAGGCUUUCAUUCGAUUUUAAUUAUCGCAAGCUUUAUAUUUUUAAAGUGUCGGCAACUGAUGACUGAAAUAAAAAGGGCCAAGACUUUUUUGUAAACGAUGCUGAAAUAGAUAUUCUGAAAUGUAUAAAUUAAUUUGUGAACGCACUGAACUAGCCGCCGAACGGUCCCGGACGGCGGACGCAACCGAUGCCCUCGCAUUUCAGAGUUGUUGUAUAAAUGUUUUUUCCUAUCUAAAAUUGUGCUUGAAGUAUUGAUGAUGUAACACGUGCACACUAAUGUGUCGAAGCCGAUUUAUUUUUGACCCAUUGGAAUAUUCAAACGACGUGUAAACAGGAGUAGCGAUAGGUAAUUCUAUAAAACACAAAAUGUACCUACAGAUGUGGUGCAUAAUUGGUUGCCAUCGUAUUUUCUCGGAAACGAUCGUGUUUGUCAUGCUACUUGUGUCAACCUCAGUACUUGUUGUACUUAGCCUGACUGAAAUAGCAUAACACGUUCGUGCGUUUCCGUGAAAAUACGAGGAAAACAAUUAGGUAUGCACUACAUCUGUACUUGUAGGUUACGAAGAAUGUUGAAUCAUAUAUAAAAAUGUUUAGUAUUUCAGAUAGGAGUUAAUAAAUUGAAUUAUGACUUGUUCAACCUUUUUGGAUUUGAAUCUACAAUAGACUAACCUCAUUGCAACAGACUGGUUGAAACUUUGUAACGGAGAUAUUUUGUAUAGCGUACACUGAAUCACUGCCUUAUUGUGCCGGAACUUUUUACGAAUAAGGGCCCGCGGCCGCGUCGCCUUCGCGCCGUAUUCAUAUGUAACACAAGGUUUAUUUUUGAUGAAUCCGUAAUCGCAUAUUCGCAUAAUUUGUACAUACGUGAUACUUAGUUAAAGUUCCGCUCCCUCCGAGCAGGGAGCAGUCCAAGGUCGAAGGCGCGCCGCCGCGGGCCUCGACUUUAGCGACUUUAUUAUGAAAUAAAACGUGAUUUAGGAAAUUUUAAGUUCAAUUUUAUUUAGUUGAAUAAUUGAAAUCAUUGACUGAAUAUUUGAAAUAAAGCCGCUAAACUGAGACAUGCAAUAGAAUGCAGGUACCUAUUUCGUACUGCGUGCGUUGCUGUGAAUUUUUAUAUAACUCCCUCUCGAAAGACUAAGUUAACGUGAAGUUUGUAUGGUGCAGUUUUGUUUACAGGCAUGAAGCAUUAAAGUAUUUUCUGACAUUAUUUUACCACUUCUCGAUGCUCUGUCUAUUUUGUAGUUGGUUUUCUAUUACAUUGUAGAUUUCUAAUCUUACUGUUUAUGUAAAGAAACAUUCUGAUAGUGUAAUAUUUACCGUAAUACUUUUCUGCUUCAUGAGAUAUUUAAGGUUGAUAGAAAUGAGUAUGUGAAAUAGGUAUGACAGUAUGUUAAUUUUGAUAAUAGAAGAAUAAUAUACAACAAAUUUAAAGGCAGGUUUCCAAUUAUGAAAUAACUAUUUUUUUUUGAAUAAUGUGUUCGUCUAUUUGACAUAAUAGCAAAUCUUGUCUGUUUAGUAUAAGUAAGAUUUAUGUUAAUAAGAUUAUUUGUUCCUUGUAAUAAUGUUAUAUUUAUUUCUACCUCUGAAGUGGGAAUCUGCCGCAACACGUGUCUGGUACUGGGAAGGAGAGAAACAUCGACACUUGAAUAGCUCUAAAUUAUUCAUUUACUCGAGAUGGCCCUAGAUGUUUGCUUGAGUAUGUAAUAUACUACCUAUACUAUUUAUUUGUACUGUGACACUAUGGAAAGAGAAGGCGUAUGUUGAGUGCGAGCGAGAAGCUAAUGUUUAUUUCCUAUCGGAUUGUCAGUUCGCAGGCACUGUAACAAUAAAAGGAUUUAGAGCUUUAUGUCACUAUAAGUUUUGUAUUUUAAAUCAAUAAACGAUAGAACGAUU